GGUCUCAACUCCUGCCUUGAGAAAUAUAUGUUUCCCUCUUCCCACAACCUGUGCUUUCGUAAACCUCCGGUAGAGGGAGACGGCCUGCCUACAACUAACCACGGAGCCUAAACACCUCACGCGGUCUCAAGAUGUCAUCUAAGCUAGAUCAACUCCUCGCCUCCCUCUCCACCGCCCAACAGCUCGCCUCGGAGCUCCAAUCCGAACUGGCCUCCAACAUCCCUCAAUCCCUCCAAGCCGCCGCAGCCGCCGAAUCCAUCAAACGAGCCGUCCAACCCGCCCCCUUCCGCGCCUUCGACAUCCUCUUCUCCACCUUCCGCCUCCCCGCCGUCCGCACCGCCCUCGACGCCGGCUGGCUCGAAGCAAUCACCCAAGCCGACCCCCAAACCGGCAUAACCGCCGCGGAGCUCGCCUCCCGCAGCAAAUCCAGUCCCGCCCUCGUCAUCCGCCUCAUGCGUUUCCUAGCCGCCACAGCCGUCGUCGAGGAAGUAGGAACAAACACCUACGCCCCGAACCCACUAACCCACUUCCUCCUCAUCCCCGGCUGGAGCGCGGGUGUCCGCCACUUCUCCUCCGCUUACCCGGGCGCCACGGCGAAAAUGCCGCAAUAUCUCGCCAACCUCAAGUACCAAGACCCGCCCGGCGCGCCGCACGAUCUGUUCACCUAUGCGAACGGCGCCCCCUUCUUCACCCACGUUUCCGAACGGCCGAAAGACCUCGAUGCUUUCGACUCGUUCAUGGUCGUUGCGCGUACGUCGCUGGGACCGACGUGGUUGGAUGUGUAUCCGCUUGAGAAACUGAAGGUCGAGUCAUCGGAUGACGUGCUAUUGAUUGAUGUUGGGGGAGGACGGGGGCACGAUCUUCACGCUUUUGCUGAGAAGCGGAAAAGUUUGGGGUUGGAAGGGAAGUUGGUACUGGAGGAUCGGCCAGAUGUCGUUGUCAAUUCGUCGGCGGAGUGGCGGGAGGACUUUGGUGUGCGGGAGCAUGAUUUCUUCCAGCCGCAGCCUGAGGAGUGUGUUGGUGCGAAAGCUUACUUCUUGAAGAUGAUCAUGCACGACUGGCCCGACAGCAGCUGCAUCCAGAUCCUCUCCCACCUCCGCGAUGCCAUGAAACCCGGCUACUCUCGCAUCUUGAUCAACGACAACGUUCUACUCGACCGUAAUUGCUCGGUAGUUUCAGCGGCUUCAGAUAUGGCCAUGCUGACGGUGUUGUCGGGCAAGGAGCGCACGAAAGCGGAGUGGCAGGAGUUGAUCGGUAAAGUGGACGGGCUAGAAAUUGAAGACUUUUACGUCAUGGAGGAAGGUGGGAGGGGGGUGGUUGAGAUCGUUAGGAAACAGUGAUGUGAUUCGGUAGGGAACGGAGAUUAUCAUGGAUCAUAUGUGCCGUGUUGCUUGUG